AUGGAUAGUCAGUUCACUUCAAAGCUCAAGUCAUUACAGUCUAGAUUGGAGGUGUCCAAUGGUGACAUCCAAAGGGAUGCUAUAUAUAAGAUAGCAUCAUUGUUGUUUGACAAGACCAACACAACAAACACCGUUCGUAUCGAUCAUCUAUUGCAACUACUCGAGAACCUACUUCUCAAGAACACCUCACUACAAGUGUUGGAGGCAACUCUUCAAACAUUGUCGAACGCUGUCAUCACACUGACACCUGGCAGGUAUGAUCGCGUUAGACUUGUUAAUAGACUCGUGGACAACAUUAUGGCCAUAAGGACUAAUGUUGGAGUCGAUGGUGUAGAGUUGGCCAUCCAACAUAUAUUGAGACAAGUUCUACAGGUCGACUACAUGGAGGGUCUGUUGAACUCGCAGCAACAGACAACAACCAGUACAGUGUACAACCCUCUACUCUCACUCAUCAAGAAUCAAGAGGUGUUGGCAUCUUUGGUCAACAAUAUCGAGCGAUCAUUAUUGGAUGAUGACGCGCGUGCCCUGCCCUCAAUACUUGACAAGCGGUGGGCCGUCAUGCUGCCAUGUAUCGCGUCCAUCCUCAUCGGUGGUGUUAGUCGCGAUGUCUCGCAACAUCUCCACAACACACUGGUGCGCAUAGCUCACAACUCGGCCACUCUCUACCCGCACAUCAUCAACAGCUUGACACUGUUGCAGUAUUAUGGUGACAAUGGCGCGUCGUCGCUGACGCCCGCCUCGCUCCCGAUGUUGUACGACCUGAUCGACCUGCUUCGCUACCCGCCUCAGGGCAUGACGAUCGACCUGGAGGUGCCACGUCUUCGUCUGGCCGUGUUCCUGGCACAAUCUCUCGUCACGAGCACAGGUCUGCACAACAGUCUCUUGCAACUGCUCCAGGAUACCCUUGCCACGGAUACGUCCAAGAACGCCUGGCAGCUGCUCUGGCACGCAACCACAUCGCCUACUUCAACAGUACUCAACUGUCCUCUGAUCGUCACCCUGGCCUAUAUGCUCCCGCGUCUCCCACUGCGCAGUGAUCAGGCCACUCUUUUGAGAAUCAUUCAGACUGCUCUGUCCAAGGCUUCAACAGAUCCAUCACACGCGACCCUCCACAUGCUCAUCUAUCCUCUCUUGAUCCUCCAAUCGACUACAUCAUUGUUUGAUACUUUGGAUAAGUUGGCCAAGGAUCUGCGCACGGACAUUGAGGUGCGUAUUGCCAAGCUACAGGUGGUAGUUGGCUCAGUCCCUUCCACGUUACAGAGUAUUGGUGCAGCUACAUCACAUUCAACUUCAAUGUUGAAUGUAUCAUUUGAUUGGUACAGUCAAUUGAUCAACAAAACAUCAUCGUCAUCCUUGGACUCAUUCUUUGACUCAUUGGAGCGCAAGUUGGAAGCGCGCCAGGACAGACCAGCUGAUCAGCCCACAGGUGAUCUCGACCUGCUCAUCUUCUCUUUGGCUCCAUUGGCACAUCAUGGCACCAGCAGCGAGACGAGACGAAGGGCCAUCCGCGCACUGGCAAUCCUCCCAUCAAUCGAUACUAUUCAUGCGAUUCGCCUGUUGCCCCUGUUUAUGAAUCGUCUCCAACAUGAGGAGUCAGGCCAGGUCGUUAUGGAGUUGUACCGCGCAUUACCCGAGCUCGCUAGACACAGAGUGUGCUAUCCAGUUGUGGUCAAGGCGCUCUCUGAUCUCGCAACGAGAAAGGCAACCAUGCCCAUCGCACUCAGAUUACUCGCCAAGGUGUGGUUGAUCAAUGACAAGGUCAUGCCCAAGCUUCAAGAGUUGUUGAUCAACAUCAAGCCCGAGCAAUCGAGCGUUGAAGAGCGUGUGGCCGCUGCGGCCACAAUCAGAGACGUUUGCGAACAUGAUGAGGACGCAGGACAGGAGCUGAUCCAGCCCCUCUCAGGCUUCCUCUGUCGCGACGAACAUCCCUCAGUGAUAUCUUUGGCGUUGGAGGCCCUGAUCGCCCUGUGUAGUGCAGAGGUGCUCUCUUUCACCAGCGCAUGGAAUGUGAUCAAGAAGAAUCUAGGCGCGGAGGAAGGUUUUGAGCAGGGCAAGCGCCAUCCCCUGGUGCUGCAGCGUCUGGCCAACUUCUUCCAAAAUGGAGUGCACGGUCUCAAAGACACACCCCUGGCCACAAUGGAUGAGAAGAAAGCAGAUACGAUCAGGGACAUUGUUAGACGAGUGUGGCACCUGUCCAGACACGCCAACGCCGAGGUCGCCUCAACAGCCUAUCAAGUGUUGGCGGCGUACGCCGAGAUUGACAACACAAUCAUCAUACCACAGGCAGACAUACCCACUCUUGGCAACCUACUGAUCAAUCAACAGAUCGGUGUACGUAACAUUGAUCUGAUGCUCAAGUGCUCGCUCGAGUCCGAGCUGAAUGAGAGACGCACGCUGAAGAGUGCACACACCAAUCUGCGCAGCACAAAGUCGAUCCGAAUCGCCGAGUCGUUGGGCGGCGUAGCCGAUCAGCUGUACCAGGAGUUCCAGAAGGAGUCCAGGGUGGGCAUCAGGCAAGGCGUUAUCUCAGGACUGCUCUGGUCGUUCAACAACGCAGUGUCGUUGGGCCAGGACUUGGGACCACAGAAGAAGGAGACCAAGAAGAUGAUUGCUCUUCGAUACAAGGCAUUCGCGACUCUCUUGCCCGAGCUAGUGGAAUGCGUGGACAAUGGCAGCAGUGCGCGUGGCAACGACUUCUUUGGCCGACUGCUCUCAAUGGGCGCGUGGCGACGCUUCAUGGGCGAGUGCUUCGUGGCAUUCCAAAAGUAUGAGUCCACCAAGGUGUCACUGGCAUCCAAGGAGUCGACCAAGGACUCGACGGAUACCUCGAGUGUUUCCAAACAAUUGAUCGAGACAGUGUACAAUCAGCUACAACAAGUGUUGGUCCAGGCAAUGUCCAAGGCAUCCUCGCUUCAGGUGAUGGAGAACUGUGUGUUGGCAAUGGUGGGACUCGCACAGUCCAUGCCACAGACCGCCUACAUUCAAGUGGAGAACACAAUGUCACAUCUAUUCCAAUGUAUCAAUGACAAGCUGGUUGACCAACGAUUCAAGUCACCAAUCUAUCUGGGCAUGGCAAUGCUCACUUCAUCAUUGCUUGACGACAGCGCAUUACUCGUCCGAUCCGUCGACACCUUGUUAAGCUACACACCGGCCGCCUCCGACACUGUGGCGCGCUACACCAAGCAACUCGCCAUUGGAAUAGCCGCACUGACACUGUCCUCCUCCGCAUCAUUCUCAAGUUCCAUUCACAAGAAGGACAACGUCAAGCAAUUGAUUGAGUAUCAAAUGUCGCAGCUCAAGACACUCAAGGUGGACGCUUUCAAGGAGGACGAUGAAGCACAGGAGCAGAUCGGCUUAGUCCUCGCACUUGGAUACUCAGUUGGUGCGUUUGAGGCCAUGGGCGACUUUGCGAGCCUUAAGAUCGUGUUGGACACCCUUCAGACUCUGAUGGACAAUGAGGCCACAAUCGCCAAACAGACGCCACAGCUCUUCGGUGUCGUCCUGUUGACCAUUGCAUCGACAUUGCGCACAUGUGUCAAGGUGAACUUGAUCAAUGUAGACAGGAUCGAGACGAUGCUCGACCGCUUGAACACCCUGCGCAACACAUAUCGAUCACACAAACAUCUCUCGAUCUUUAGCACGGCCGCCCACUCACUCUUUGUUCAAUACCUGGCGUGCCAAUUCUACAAUAUUGAUGUGGAAGUUGUCGAGCAACUGUUGCGCGAAUAUCAAUCAAAGGAUGGACUGUGCUCAGACUCGAUGACAGAGCGCAUCUCUGCAUUGGUCGGUGUGUCCAUACUCAUUGGCUCCCCACUGCUCGCCCAGGACAAGGACUUUGCUUGUGGCGCACUCUACGGAGGCACGUUGCAACUCGUCAACUCCUAUCCAGCACGUCGCAAAGAGUGCCAACAAUCAAUCCAGCAAAUCAUCGUGCUGGUCAACAACAUUUUCAGCAACGAUCAAGACAGCAAGGUUAUUCGUUAUGCCGCCCUGUGCUUGGGCACACUCUCGCUCCCACCCUCCGGCAAUCAAUCGGCAUCGUCAUCAAUGUCUGACACCCCAGAGAACUUGGACCACUUGGGCGAUGACACUUUGGUCAAGAUGUUGUUCAACCUCGUUCGUUCACCAACGAGCACAGACACCCAGGUCGGCACCGCGCUCUCCGUGCUGACCAAGGUCGAUGGCACCCGCCUGCCCAUCGUCAACUGGGGCUCAGUCCUGAAGCGACUGUUUGCAUCGAGCCAGAACGAAGACAUUCGCGCCAACUGCAUCGAGUUCUCAUCCAAGAACAUCGAGUUGUCAACAUGCUCAAUCAAUCUUGCCGAAUGGACCAACUUGGCGCAGUUCCGAACCAACUCAUCGCUUGUCAAGCGCAAGCUGAUCCAGUCCAUCCCAGCGAUACUCCCACAUCUCUCUGCGACAAGGAUCGAGAGCACGCUCAAUGAGCUACUCGGUGGCAUUGCGCGUCGCACACUUACAAUCAGUGACUCUCUCACCAACGAUGCACAGAUAGUCUGGCGAGUGCUAGCAGAAUGUAACCGAUCGGCCACAGUGAAGGAACAGGUCACCAAACUGAUCUUUGAGUUGUUUGACACACUCCCAGCACCCUUCACAAUGGACCACGAAGCAUUGAUGUUGAACAAGGAUAACCUUUGUGUCUUGGACACUGCGAUCGACACACUGGCCGCCAUCCCCCUCCAAACGAUCACUCAACACAUCACAUUCCCUAUGCACUCUGACAAGCAGAUGGAGAAGUUCUCUAAGGAGUUCAGGAAUGUAUAUGUUCUCUCUGCCCUGCAGCAGCGAGCCAACACCAAUGAGUUCCACAGGAUCAAGUCGUGGUGCUUCUCCGUGGUCGACCUUGAGAAGCAGGCGGUGGUCUUCCAACUGCUUCCAAACAUUCUGGUCAACGCGCUGGUCAAAACACCGUUGGUGCCCGUGAUCAAGGACAUCCUGGCAUCAUUGAGCAUCUCAAAGACGAUUGUUGGCGUGGAGAUAUUGGCACAGAUAGUGGUAGCCAGCGCAUCCUUCGACGCCGACUGUGACCUCCAGUUUGUGUUGUGCGUGUUGGGACAACAAGGUCUGCGCACAUCCAUCCUGCUGCCACAUCUCAUGCCAUUGCUUGUGCAAUCGAUUGGACUCAAGUCAACCGAUCUUACAGACUUGGUAUCAUUGCUCCACAGCAACAGCAAGGAUGCCUUGGCACGACGCAGAGGCAAGGACCGCGUUAGCUGCGACCCACACAGCAGCAGCAAGAAGAAGUGUCCUCCCGACUGUCCAGGCCGACAUGCGCACCCCCAACGAGCGCCAAUGGGCAACUCACAUAUCUUUGUGUUGGACAGUCUGACCAAUCAAUGUUCUCAAUGUCGUCUCAAUCCCAAGAAUCGCGAGCAUCAGAAGAAGGCACUCGAGGAGAAGGUCAAUGGCAUCAUCAUCCGUACUAUCAUCGCCAACUCGACCGUCACGCACGUGUCCGUCGCGGACCAAGUGUGGAUAUUCAACAAACUCAUGAGCAAGUAA